ACCACAAUGAAGCCAACGCGAAUCGUGCCAAAUUGAAGACAAAAUGCCACAACGCAGCCAGGUAGAAAGAAUCGAUGCCUGUUUGAUGAAAGGUAUGCUUUGCCGGCUCCUGCUGCCAUAGAAACCUGGCCGACAUAACGCGGUGACAAGCCACUUCGCAAUAGUGUUAUACGCCCGGGAGCGCUGUUCAGGGCUGAUUGUCACCGAGCAGGACGGGGCCGGUCGGGAGAGGCUGUUGGACUCUUCUCGUGCUUGGUACACCUUUAGAUGCGGGAAGCAACGACAGGCUGGUGGUACAGAAGAGGCCUUGCUUCUCUCUCCAGAGUGUUGUCUUCAGCGUGACGUGGAACCACUUGGAUGAAUAUUUAACCAUUUAUAACAGACUUGAACUACUCUGUCACGUAAAGGGUCGGACAGGACACGGACUCAUAAUUGUUGAUACGGGACCUGGGACAAUCUGGGAGACGGGACGCUAGUACCCGAAUACCUUGAAUAUUGCCUCAAACUGGUGACCCGUAGGAUGCGAUACGAUGAUGGCUUCACCGCUGAUAAUUCUGAUGGCGAAUGCCAUCUUCUUUGGGGCCUUGUCCGCCAUGAUGAUAAUGAUAGCGGUGUCUGUCGACGCCUGGCAGAGCUACACAUUUGACCAGUCUGUGAUGAAGUCACUCAACGAUAGUCUGGAGAGCUACACCAUCCUGCAGUUGUCCAACACAACGCCAAUAUUCAAAGUUUUAGUUCAAACGGAUCCGCAGUCGAAUGCUACGGUAGACUACUAUCUACACUCCUCGUACACGGGCCUGUGGCGACUGUGUGAUGACCUCACAGAUGCCGAUCGGGCCAUGAUUCCUGAAUCCCAUCGCUUCAACCCAACCAAAUGCUUCACUUUCGUCACCGACUAUAAUGAGGACUCCGGCUUAUUCACCAAGCCCGCCAUGCAGAUUGCACGUCUGCAGAAUUCCGCUGCCUCCUGCUACAUCGUCGUUCUCAUCGACCUCGUGACGGCAGGUGUCGUUGGCCUCAUCGGCAUCACCCAGAAGCAGGUUGCCAGCUGCAUGGUGACGGGAGUCCUGUACUGCAUGGCGGCACUGUUCGGUGUAUUUGGAUUGUCUAUGUUCCACACAAAGAAUUACUAUGAGACCUACCAGUGUUAUGCUAUGGACAAAGUCCCGGAGUCGCUCUGCCCGGCGCGGAAUGUGGAACCUCUUUGGGCGAUUCCCCUCGCCUGGAUGGGGGUCGUGUUCUGUGUCAUUGCCUGCGUGUUGUGGCUCAUCGUCGCGAGGGCGUUACGUGUCAUUAAGGCAAAGACGAUGUUGUGAGGCCGUUGACGUCGUGAUUAUAACGCCAUGCUGUUGAGUCCAGUCAGAAAAUGUAGGACCAAUUCCACUGGGACUUUUGGCACUUGUUUGACUUUGUAAACAUUUGACAACAUUUGGUACUUCAUGUAACGGAAGAGCAUGGGUAGCACAGUGGUCAUUCGUUCCCCCGUCACCUCUAAGACCUAGGUUCGAAUCCAGUAUGUGUUUAGUAUGAAAAACCUGACAAUCAGACAUGUUUAGUAUCCUCGAUAUAAUUGUCCAUGAAAAUAGCACCGAAGCUUAUCUUAUUAAUUAAUAUCUUUGACGAAUAACUAUUAAAGCCGCCACAAAAUAUUUCACCGUGCUCAGAUCACGUUACAUUUGUAUAUUCAGACAUCACCCUGUGUUUCAAUUAGCCACAUUAUAUAAGAAUGGUGAUUUCAUAUAUAAAUGUUUCAUUACGAACGUCUCGCAAAUUUGAAAAAAAAUUGAACUUUAUGAAAAAUGAAGAGAUCCCAAGGGCAUUUUCUAAAUAUAAAAUGUCAGUGCAAGAGAACCAGUCUUGGGUUUCACAGAAAUAGAUUCCAUUCGACGUAAAGGGCAACAUAGCUAUGAAACUUUUAUGAAUGAGCCACUGAAACAUAGUGAAAGACGUUACUUUAAUACACACAUAAACCUACCAUAUAGUCAGUAGGCCACCUUGAAUAGGCACAAGAAUUGUGGUUUUAUUAUUUUAUUGUUUUACAAACAAUAGCUCGCAAAUCUGAAAAAAGUUGAAUUCUUGUAAAUGAUUAACACGUCCCAUGGAUCAUAUAUUAAAUAAGAAAAUACCAAACACUUGGCAUCAUUUCAUUGAUUUAUAGAGUCUUUUGUAUCUAACUCACAUAUGGUCAUUAAUACUCUAUUUGACAUAGGCCUACGCACCAAUGACUAUACAUGAGGUUCCGUCCCCAAGUCCGUCCGCGUGGUAAAUUUAUCCUUUAUAAAUAUGAUCACUGGUAGUCGAUGACACAGUAGCCGUUGAUGUGUUCUGUCCAGGACGUGUAUGGUGUGUCGUUAUUGGUUGGAUAUUGUAGGGAUGUUUUGUGGUGGUGAGAACACGUCAUUUGCCGUAUCACAUUCUGCACACAAUCAUCAUCAUCAUGAUAAUAAUAUUCACACUGCUCUAGGACACUGUUUCGACUACCUGUAUCCAUGGUUACAAUUUUACACAAAUGUAAUUUUUACCACCGUUUCUAGACUGGUGCUAGUCUCUUUAUCAUGAAUCUAUAUUCAUUGUUUAUAUAUGGGGUGUAUACCGUUUGAACUGUAUUUUAAGUUAUAACACGGUAUGUCCGCUUAAUGUGGGGUAAUAAAUCAUGCAGAUUUAAUUUGGGGGGAUAUUUUACACCGAUUUUCAGCUCUCUUCGUGACGAUCUGAGGACACCUAAGUAAAAGGUUGCGUCAGGUGAACUUUCCGAUCAGCCUAUUAGCACGGACGCUUCUAAAUUCUCGGUACGAGUGAGCGAAGAAUUCUAAUCGGCAUAUCGGAUUUCUGUAUAUCGAAAACGAGCUUAAACGACCUUUUCCGAAUGUGCAUAAUAAAUGCCACGCCAUUGUUUUGCCUUUGACAUUUUACCACAUUGCGCUUAUGAUGAGUUUUCGGACCUCGGUGUCAUCUGCACCCAAAAGGGAGUUCUAUCGAAGGCAAAUUUGAGUCCUGUAUUGGUUUCAGUUCGUUAAAAUCAAAAUUUACGAAUCGAUCUUGUAAAGAAAGGAAUCCAAUUCGUUGAAGAAAGCUAACGUCCGAUUGGUUCAGCAGCCCAUGCAUCCUUCAUUUUGAUUGGGCGGUCAAAGGUUGUUCAGAGAUCACCUGACGUGACCUUCUAUGUCGUCAGAUCUUACCGCAGAGAGAUAUCGCAUCACAGUAAAACACGAGACUUGUUUGUGGUGCAGACAGACCAUUUUCAUUCUAACCCGCUGUACCAUUGCUCGACGUAAUAUUGUAUUCCUCAUCUUAUUACUGAACAUGUCAUACAAUUGUCCUAUUGUAAAUAUAAAUAACAUUGGGUUCAUUUUAAACACAGUUGUAAUAUAUUAAUGGCAGUAAAUUAUUAUUUAGCAUUAGUUUUAUUCUUUAGAACCUUUUGUUUUUUUGUGAUUCUAAAGUAACAAAAUUGUGGCAGAAGCAGACUUCCGUGUUUGAUCCAUAUUGAAAUUCCACUAUGACUGUUACCAUCUCAAAGAGUUUCUAGAUCCUUCCUUUGUUCCAGAUAUGGAUAUUUUAGCUUAUUGAAUUUGAAUAGAGCGGAGAACCAAAGAGACAAUAAUGUUAUUGAAAAGCAGUUAUGUAACAGAAUAGAUUGUACAUUAGCUAUUGAACAAGGGACCACCAAACUUACCCGACCUCGUGACGAGGUCCAUGUUAUCAUAUUACUACCUUUCUAGUUUCAGGGUUUGCUUCCUGCUUUUAUAUUAUACUUGAUCCAAAGAGACAUUUUCUUAGUUGCUGCAUCUAAUAUGUUCACACUGGUAAUCAUCUUUAUACAUACAAAGUGUACUAGCUAAUAUGUUAUAUACAGUGACCAAUCACGACUGUACUAGCUAAUAUGUUAUAUACAGUGACCAAUAACGAAUGUACUAGCUAAUAUGUUAUAUACAGUGACCAAUCACGACUGUACUAACGGCUUCUUGUGACGUCACUUGUGCGAGCAAUGCAGAACCUUAUUAUAAUAUGUCUACGUUUAUGAUAAUAUUCAUGUUUUAGCCUCAAACCCUUCACAUCCAUAGUUUGUAUAUGACAUUAACAGUUUCACUUUCAAAUAUAUUGAUUGAAAAGAUGUUUUUUUUAAUGAAAGUAAAACCCUGAUAGACGAGCAGUGAAAGACAUCGUCUCAAGUGUAGACUGAGUAUCGAUCAACAGACAUGUACCAGUGAAUUUCUCAACAACCAGAAAUAAUUGCUGUGGACACGUAUAAAGGGGGAUAACUGCUUCAGAUUAUAUUCCCCGAAUAUAAUCGUAGUAUCUUUCUUUGUGAAAGUGUAGAUCUAAACCCCUGCACCUUCAGUCCACACGGCAAGGUGGCGUGUAAGGUAAGUCCAUUUUGAAAACGAAAUAUAAUAGAGGCUUCCAUUUCAUUUUCUGAUUUCUAGUGCUUUGAAUGGGGAGCUCAAUCAUGUACGGUUACUGGUUAGAACAGGUGGAUGUCUUCCGGCGGUUUUAUAAACUAUCUCAAUUAAUGUUGAUAUUAUACUUGUGAAUUUUGUUUUAUUUAGACCCAUGGAGCGUUCCUUUAAUGUAACCCAUCCCUACCUGUUUGGUCCACUCUUCUAUUACUGCUAAUUCUGCUACUGCAAUUGCUGUUACCGCGACUACCGCCACGCCACGCCACGCCACGCCACGCCACGCCACUACGCCGGGAUUCUAAUAACUACACGUAGUCUACAUAUGUGGUGCUCGUUUUGACUAUAUUAUUUCAUACACAUAAUAAUUGUAAAUAGAGUCCCCGUGAGUUGUACAUGGAAUCUUGUAUAUCUAGAGUAAAACCCUUUUAGUCCUUAUACCACAUUUUCUGGCCGAUUAAUGAAAGUCGGAAACGUACUGACGUAUUUAGAGGGACUUUACGACCAGUAACUCGUAAAAUCAAUACCGUCCAGAUUAACUGGUGUCACUGUUAUUAAUGCAUUAAAACCUCUCUAAAACUAAACACGAAUAGCAAAAUAAAAACUAUACUUAUAUACCUGACAUAGUCUGAUAAUCAUUCCACUCAAAUGCUUCCCAAUGUCGAAACGAGAAGUUCCCAAAUAUCUUUGCGAUUAUACACAGAUCGUUAAACGAAGGGUAAGCAUGUCAUGUGGUGAAAAUAGAUCGGGAAUAGAUCUAUACAUUUUGACAGUGAAGCUACGUAAUAGGUUUCAUGGACGAGUCUAGAAUUUUAUUUUGUUACUUUUAGUAUUACCUCGCCAGUUCAAAAUCAAUUUGCCUAUUGUGAAACAUGGACCAACGUCCUAACUUAACACCUACUUCACCUACAAUUGUUGUUCGAUUCAAAGACAUUUGUUUGCACAUUUACGGUAUCUGGAGUCACAACGUAUUCUGUUUGUGUUUGCGAGUGUUCCAUUUUGAUGACAAUUAUAUAUGACAACCUUUCUAUAACAUUUUUAAUUCCAUCUACUGUAAACAUGAUUAUUUUCCAUUUAUCCAUUUAGUUUUGAUCAAAACACAUUUUACAAUAUUAAUUGUGCAAUACAUUUUCAAGCAAUACAUUCAAUUUAUAUACAUUUAUCUGGAAUCCAUCCAAUUUAUUACUGCUCGUAAUAAAAUCAUAAUAAUAAUAUUACUUUUUAAUGCCAAUAUUUUGAAUCGCAUGUUAUUUGUUUAUUGGCCAUAAUGUUGUUAAAGCUGUGUUAUUCUUGUUGUUUAAUUCACCUGUACUGUUAAUCCAUUUCAUUGACAAUAAAAGUAUAAUUAUUUCCAAAA